GCCAAAAAGAUUGGGUCCUAGGAAACAAAAUGGCGUCUGUUUUCAUUGGAAGUAACUGUGUUUGAAAAAAAAAAAUCGACUUUGAGCAAUGUCAGUCAGAGAAGCAGAUAGUGCACGCACUUUUGAUCUUAGUCUGUACACAUCUUUGACGGCAAGUCGAGCGAAAGACUUCGAACUUGGCGAAGAGGACAUUAGUGCAAAGAGCGAAGACCUUAAUCCACCGUUGCCAUCGGAUUUUGUCAGUUUCUCCUUGCCUCCGUUGCAAGAGGCGGCGGAAAGAGGUGAUUCAGAUUCUGUAGCCCGACUACUUUUGGAUAAAGAUAUCGAUGUGAACGAGAAAGCUGGAGGCCAUCGAGCUCAGAGGACCGCUUUGCAUCGCGCCGCGGGGUAUGGGCAUCUGACGGUUGUUAGACAGCUUCUUAGGGCAGGUGCAGAUCCUAUCAAAGGCAGCAGUGUGCAAAGGACCCCCCUCCAUGAAGCGUGUAUUGGUGGUCACACUCAUGUGAUGAAAGAACUUCUGAAACAUAUCACAGAUAUCAAUGUUGCUGACUCUAAUGGACAAACUAGUGCUCAUCUUGCUGCAUAUCAUGGUGAAAGUGAAUGUCUUGAAAUCUUGAUAAUGACUGGUAGUAACAUGGUAUUAGAGGAUAAACAGGGACGUACUCCAGCUCACUUGGCAGCAAUGAAAAAUCAUGGCUUUGCCUUAAGGUGUCUCAUAGAAAAUGAUGUUGAGGUUACCUGUGUUGAUGAUCAAGGACGCACACCUGCUCACUAUGCAGCAAGUGCUGGGGGCUUGGAAGCUUUGAAAACUCUUGCACACAGUGACAUUGAUGUCAAUUCUAGAGAUACAGCAGGAUGUGUGCCAGCACAUUAUGCUGCAGCACAUAAUGACUGCCACUGUUUGGUGUUUCUGUUGGGUUCAGGGUUGGCAAAAAUAGAUGUUAGGGACAGAUCUGGAAAAUCUUUGCUUCAUGUGGCUGCUCAAAAUGGUUCUACAGAAUGUGUCCACUGGCUCCUGGAAAACAGAACAAAUCCCAACAUCAGAGAUGGUUGUGGUGCAACACCAGCCCAUUUAGCUGCAUUAGGAGCUCACUUACAAAGUGUUAGCUGCCUGAUUAAACACAGGGCAGACAUGAAUGCGCAGGAUGGCAGUGGUGAUGUACCACUUGAUUAUGCCAAGAGGACUGGCAAUCCUAAUUCAUUUCUAAGAGCAGUGAAUGGAGAAACUCCUUGUAAGUUUUGCACUUCUAAGCAGAAGGAAAUUGAGUAUGAUUUGGCACACCAGCCAACAGCAGUGGAAAAAAGUAUCAUAAAACAAGAGUCAGAAAUAUUUGUCUCACCAGAGGGAUCUGAGGACAGUGGCGUCAGGGUCCGUCAGGUUCGUUCAUCCCAUUCUUCAAAACGACCUUUGUCCAAGUCAAGGGGAGCUCAGCAAACUCUUCCAAAACGAGACCUGGCAACCAAAUACUUUGGAGAACAUUUGUUUUCUCUUCCAGCCAGCAUUGCUGGCUCAGAUUCAGCUUUGAGUACGGGCAAAACUCAGGCACUUCGCAGGAAAAGAUAACCUCAGUGGCAAGAAAAAAAGAUAAAACUGUAUUUAUGUAAAUAACCCUUCUACCCUGUGUCUUUUUAUUUUUAAAGAAAUUGUAAUAAAGAGCUUUAGAUACCUUG